GAGGCGGGCUCCGCGGCCGCGGCGCCGGGGGCGGUGUCCCCGCUCCGCUCCGCCCGCUGCCCCGCCCGCCUCCCCACGGCUGUAGGCGCGGGUGGCCGCGGAGCCGCUGCCGGGCGGAGCGGGGCCAGCGGUCUGGGGGAAGCGAGGGGCCGGUGGAAGAGCGGAGCGGCCACCACCCGCCCCCCCGGGGCGGCGCGGCGCGGCGCGGAACGGAACGCGGCGCCUGAGCCGCUGCCUGGAUGCAAGCGGCGCUUUGGGAACCGGCGGCCGGCGGCACCCGGGAGGGCCCGGGGGAAGAGGAGGAGGAGGAGGAGGCGGCGGCGGCGGCGGCGGCAGAGGACUCCGGGCGCUGAGGGAAGGAAGCAAGCAGCGCUGGCCAUGGCCUCCAACUUUAACGAUAUAGUCAAGCAGGGCUACGUGAAAAUCCGCAGCAGGAAGCUGGGGAUAUUCAGACGCUGUUGGUUGGUUUUCAAGAAGGCUUCCAGUAAAGGACCCAGGAGGCUAGAAAAAUUUCCAGAUGAAAAGGCAGCAUAUUUCAGGAACUUUCACAAGGUGACUGAGCUGCACAACAUCAAAAACAUCACUCGAUUGCCUCGUGAGACAAAGAAACAUGCAGUGGCCAUCAUCUUCCACGAUGAGACAUCAAAGACCUUUGCCUGUGAGUCAGAACUAGAGGCAGAAGAAUGGUGCAAACAUCUCUGCAUGGAGUGUCUAGGAACCAGGCUCAAUGAUAUAAGUCUUGGGGAACCAGAUUUGCUUGCUGCUGGAGUCCAGAGAGAACAAAAUGAACGAUUCAAUGUAUACCUUAUGCCUACACCAAAUUUAGACAUCUAUGGAGAAUGUACAAUGCAGAUCACACAUGAAAACAUCUAUCUCUGGGACAUCCACAAUGCCAAGGUCAAGCUGGUCAUGUGGCCUCUGAGUUCUUUGAGGAGAUAUGGCCGCGACUCGACAUGGUUCACCUUUGAAUCUGGAAGGAUGUGUGACACAGGAGAAGGGCUGUUCACCUUUCAGACACGAGAAGGAGAAAUGAUCUAUCAGAAAGUCCAUUCUGCAACACUGGCCAUAGCAGAGCAACAUGAAAGAUUAAUGAUGGAGAUGGAACAGAAGGCAAGGCUCCAGACCAGCCUGUCUGAACCAAUGACACUGUCCAAGUCGAUCUCACUCCCUCGUAGCGCCUACUGGCAUCACAUCACCCGGCAGAACAGCGUGGGAGAGAUCUACAGUUUACAAGGUCACAGCCUGGGCUCGGCGAAGGUGUCCCGGGCGCAGACGUUCCCCAGCUACGCCUCGGAGCAGGGUGAGGAGCACCAGCAGUCCCUCUCCCUGGCCAGCAGCUACACCUUCAGCUACGGCUCGGGCCUGGUGCAAUGACAGCCGGGGGCGGCCGGCCGAGAGAGACAGUCAUGCCUGGAGCCUUCCCCCGGGGCUGGGGAGCCGCUGGCCCCCUCUGCACCCCACCAUUUUGCUGUGAAAACCGAUGCCGGCCAGCUCCAGCCGGGUCCCCGCCGCGGCGGGAGCCUGGAGAAGCGGCUGCCCCGAGGCAGAGGCUAAGUCUUUCUUUAUUUAUUUUGCCGUUCCUUUUGUCGACGCGUUCAGA